AUGAUUAAUGAAAUUCAGCAAUGCUUUUAAUCUUCAGAAGCUUAUGCAAAAGUAAAAAAAUACAAAGACACAUUCCGUGAAUAACAAAGUCAAAUAUCGCCAAUUAUUUGUGAGGCAAUAUGUGCAACGAUGACUGAAGGCACUCCAAUGAGCAAAUUACUAGCCUUGAGACUUUGUAAAGAGAUGAUGGAUUUAAAAUCAGAUACAUUUAGCAAACAAGUCAAUGAUAAAAUUCUUUCGAAAAUGAAAUAAAUUGCAAUAUUUAAAAAACAUGAUCAAAGCGAUAUCAGAGGUAAAUAUUUAUUCUCUGACAAUCCAUCCAAGGAAAUAGCAUCAAUUGGAAAUAGCUUAAUGAAAUUAUGUCUAGAUUGCAUUAAAGUUUGGGCAUUUUGGUAUCCUUAGAGCAAUUUCAAAGUUGUCUAUGAUGAUUUAAUUACAUAAGGAGUUGCAUUUCCAGUAAAAUACACUUACUUCAAAGAAUACAAUGACAAUCCAUCAUCUUUGAAUUAAUCAUUUAUUCUAUCUUCUCACUCAUCUAAAGAAUAGCCAUUAAAAUAAUCAAUACCUAAUUAAAAAACCUAUUAAGAUGGACAAUAAUUGUUAUAACAAAUUAACGUUUAAAUUGAAAAUCUAGUUAAAAUAGUAUAAGAUUAAGAAUCGAAUGAGACUAUCAAUAACCUAAAUCAAAUACUCAAAAAUAAUUUAGAACAAUACAAUGGAUAAAUAGAAUAGGUUUUAAUCCAGAUUAUUGAUUCUGGUGAAGAGAAUUUAAUUAAUGAUUUAAUUUCUAAAUAGGAAAUGGUUCGUGAAAUCAAACAAGAUUACGAUGAUUAUCUGAUAAAAAAACUUGAUUGGAAUAAACUUAAUUAAAAAUUCAGAAGAUUCACUUAAUCACCUAUAACUCCUGAACCCGCUUAAGCAAUCAUACCUACAUAAUAAAAAUAGCAAUAGAAUCAAUAAUAAAUCUAAUCUAUUAAAUAACCUGUAACCACAAAAGCAGAUCAAACUCUAUCUGUCAUUCGAGAAGAAACUGUUUAGGAUGCCGAUCAAAUAGAUAAAUCAAAUAUUCUAUAGGAGGACAAUAAAAUAUCAAUGAAAUAUUAGUCUCUAGUAUUAAAUUAGACUGAAAAUAUUAAACCAGGUGCUUAAACCCUUCAAUCAGAAUUACAUAAAAAAGAUAAAUUACAAUAAGAUAAUAAAAAAUAGAUCCAUAAAUCUUUAUCUGUAGAAGUCAAUGAUGAUAUUAAUUUAAAUGAAUUUUAAGCUAAAAUAAAUAAAUAAACUGACUAUGCUAGUACUAAAUAAACGAAAUAAACAUCAUAGCCCCUUACUAAAAGUAUUGAAUAAUAGUCUCCAAAAGCAAUAGUUAAUUAAGUAUUAAGUAACGUAUAAGCAAACCAAUAAAAUUUAAAUUCAACCCUACUCUAUAGCACAAUUAAUAAUCAGUUGUAAACCAAUCAAAAAGAGCAAUAAUAAAAUUAAGAAGAAAAAGAAUUGAAUAAUUAAAAAAAUAAUUUUAAUAAUAAGGAAUAAUAAAAAGAUCAAAUAUAGUAAAAUGAGAAGGAAAUAAUUGAAUAAUAAUAAAAGUAGUAGUAAUAGUAGUUAGAAUAAUAAUAGUAGUAAUAAUAAUAAUAGUAAUAAUAACAAUAAUAAUAGUAAUAGUAACAGUAAUAAUAACAACAAUAAUAACAGUAAUAAUAACAACAAUAAUAACAAUAAUAAUAAUAAUAGUAAUAAUAACAACAAUAAUAAUUAUAAUAACAACAAUAAUAAUAAUAAUAAUAACAACAACAACAACAACCAUAAUAGUAAUAAUAACAACUAUUGCAAUAAUAGUAAUAGUAAUAAUAUUUUAAUUCGAAUGCAAAAAAAAAUAAUUUUGAUGAAUAAGUUAGUCAGUUGAAAUAAGGAUUAAAAAUAGAAGGAUUUGAUUAAAUUUAUAGCUUUUCUUAAAGAUAAUCAAACCUGAAUGAAAAAAAAAAUAUGAAUUUAAAGUAAAUUGAUACUUAAGUCAAAUUAGAAGGUUAGAUUAAUUAAAUUUAGGACACUUAUAUUAAGUAAAAGCAAAUGUAAAAUUUCAAAUAGGACUAAGCAAAUAACAGUUCAAGGAUUUCUUAGCCUUCAUUAAGUUUAAGUUAGGUAUCGUAAAGAAAACUAGAACACUCUUAAUAAUAGCAUCGAAGCUCAUCAUAAAAACGAGAAAAUUAUAGUGUGAAUGACAAAAUAGAGUUGGAACUUUUAAAGGAGGAAAAUCAAAAAUUGAAAUAAUAAGUGAAUUAGAUUAUUGAAAAAUAUGAAAUCAAAUAACAAUAAUAUUCCUAAGAAUUAUAAGACAAAAUUAACGAGAUUUCUAGCUUAAAAUAGGUAGUCUAUGCUAAGACUGAUAAAAUAGAUAGUAAUAAUUAGUUGAUGAAAUAAUUAUAAGAUUUCUAAAAACUUUAAUUGGAUUACUAAACUCUUGACUACAAACACAACCAAUUAUAAAAACAAUAUGACAAUCUGAAUGAAUAACAUGAACAAAUUUAGAAAGAAAUGUAAUUAAAAUCAAAAUAAAUUGCAUUAUAAAAUAAAGAAAUUUAUGAAUUAAAACAAAUUAAAUAAUAAGAGUUGGAAAUUAAGAAGAGAAGUGAAUCUGUAGGUUAAUACUCAAAAACUGCUUAGCAAUUUCAUCCAUAGAAUUCGAUUCUUAGAUAAAGUAUCUGUGACGAGCCUAUUUUGACAGAAAGCCAGAAAAGGAUUAUUUUUCCAUUCACAAAUCCAUUUGAAUACUAUAGGGACCGUUUGAAGAAUAAUUAGAAAGGUCAGGUCUCUUCAGCUUAUUCUGAAUGGAAAAACUUAAAUUUAGACAAUUAAAAUAUCGAAAAUUUAAAAUAAUCAAUUUUAUCUAAUUAAUCAAUACUUUUUGCAUGCAAAUAAUUAGAAAUUGGAUGUAAACUAGAUAAAUUGAAUGAAAGAAAAAUGAUAUUGCAUCUUUUUUUUUUGAAUUCCAAUAAGCUUUCUGGUUAUAAAAUGGAUUUAAAUUUUUAAUUUGUUAAUGAAAUAUCAACUGGAAUUCUAAAGAGAUAAUCAAUAUAAUUAUAUUAGGAUUCUUCUGAAGAUUUAGUAAUUGAAUUCAAUAUUAAUUAAUUGCCUUUUUCUAUUUCUUCUGUAAACAUAAAGCUUUAAACAACAAAGACAAUCAAUUAUAUAUGUUAUUUGCCAAUUUCGUUGUUUAGUUGCUUUCAAUUUUUUAAUUUAUCUUUAAAAGAAUAUCAAUCAUAUUGGCAAAUAGCAAAAAACUGUGUGAUCAGAAGCCAAGAAUUCGAAUACAAUUUCAAUUACGUAAGCAAUGUGUUCAGAAAGAACAUUGUAGUGAUAGAAUUAAAUAGCCAUAAAAAAAAGGAGUUUUUUGCUGGGAUUGAUGAAAUAAAAUAUGGAUCCAUCAUAUAGUGUGAAAACUCAAAUUAUUUGGUAAGAUACAUAUUAUAGCCAAAUAAUAAAAUGCUAAUUUAGAUAUGCCACUUGAAUGGAAGAUAGAACAUAUCAGAUUCUAUCUUAAACAUUUUAGUUUUUCUACUUUCUAGUUGA